AUGUCAUUUCCAACAGAAGCCGAAUAUCUUCAGCAGGCUUCUGGUGCGCUAGAGAUAGUUGAGAAGUAUGCCCGGGACAAACUUUCGAGAUUCCCCCAUCAUGACUUUAGCUCGCCAUCGCAUACGGAAGAGGUCAAGAUCUUCUCCGGACCGCCGACGGACUUCGAAGGCGCCAAGGAGAACAUGCUCAAAAUGAAUACAAUUUUAAAAGUAAGCAAAAUUAAUACUAUUAAGUUUGAACAAGUAGGACGCAAAGAUUUUUUUGAAAAUUUCUUUAAUUUUAUUCACAUUUUCUCGAAAUUUUUUAGACAUGUCAUGCAUAAGUCAUAUGUAUAUCGGGCCUGAAAAUUUUAACUUGCGCUUUACGGCGACAGUCGAGAUAUUUAACGAUCUUUUUUCGAGAAAGUACGCGAAGCGCGGAGAGCGGUCACAGAGAAAAACACUACUUGGUCAUAACUUUGCUAGUUUCCUGCGGAAAAAAUUAAUUUUUUGUGGAAACAUUACCCUCUAUAGUAGAAAUAGAUAUGAAACUUUUUAUACCAAAAUUAAAAAACAAUUUCAGGUUACUGUAGAUAAAUUAUUCGACAAAAUGGUCCCAUUCAAAGGCCUGCGAAAACAAUGGGACGACCAGAUCGAGCAGCAAAAAGUCUUACAGCAGAUUGGCGAUGAUGUAUUUAUAGUUCAUACGGUCUUCAAACAUCGUGGCUUUCUUCCAGCCCGAGAUUCUGUAAUUAUUUAUAAAGUAAGUUUACUUUUUUUGGCAUUUUGUAGUAUUUAGAGACCAUCAAAGUUGCGGUGAAAAAUCGGAUUUUUUUUGCUGAUUUCUACUCACAAGGGAAGUGUCCCAAGUGUGACGCUCAGAUCUUCUUUAAAUUUUGCACACACGUCAGGAAUAGAUUAAAUAUCAAUUCGUGAAAGUUUUAGCUCGCGCUUUGCAAGCGCCGCCGAGAUAUUGAACGAUUUUUUCCGCCGCGAGAGCACACUAAACGUAGAGAGCGGUCAAAGAGAAAAACACUUUUUGGCCAUAACUUUGCCAAUUUCUUGCAAAGAAUCUAUUUUUUGUGGAAACAUUACCCUUUACGGUAGAAAUAGGCAUGAAACUUUUCGUGCCGAGAUUUGGCAGAAAGUCUCAAAUUUUCGCCGACUUUUGAUCUAAAAAUCUCGGUUGUUUCUGCAAGCGGGAUCUAGAAUUUACGCAUUUAUUCUAAAAAAAAAUUGUUCUAAAUUUGUGCCAAGUGUCAUCAAAAUCUGAGCGUCGCACUUGGGGCACUUCCCUUGCCAGUGAACUGUGUUUUUUGCAGGUGAAACGCUCGGAAACAGAGGCGUUGGUUGCGGGCACCAGCACCACUCAUCCGGACGCCCCACCAUCCCCUCAGGUCAUCCGAGCCAACGUCCACUUCGUCGGGUAUCGCCUCAAAAAUGCGGGUGCCAACUACACCAAGCUGCGGAUCUACUGGUGUGCCGACCUGAACCUGCCCUCCCACGCGCCCGCCGACUUCAAGCACAGCCUGCUGAAUGAAUUCGUCCGCAAACUGAUCGCAGCGGGAAUCCCGUCCAUCAACCCGAAUCCAGUCAAUUAUCAUCCGUGA